GGUGGGGCAUCGAGAGAGAGAGAGAGAGAAGGACAGAGUUGUGGAGACACAGACAGAAAGAGUGAGACAGAGAGAGAAAGAGAGAGAGAGAGAUUUGGACGAUUUGAGGAAUAGUCUGAGAAAAGAGCAGGAAUCAAAACACGUUCUUCACACACAGAUGGAAGGACAUCAGAUUCCGAGUCCCCCGAAUCCCCAGGCUCCUUACAGUCUCCCCCCAAACCACAGAUACACUACUAACAUCAAAGCUAAUGGAGUCCUGAAUGGUCAGCCUGAUAAGGCGCUCCUGAGGGCACAGCAGGAGGUGGACAUGUUAAAUCACUGUUUUGAGGAGAUUGAGGUGUUCAUGAUGAAACUACAGCAGGCAGCUGAAGCUCAGAACAUCCUGGAACAGAGAAACAACAAGAAGAAAAAGAGUAGAAAGAAGGAAGACGACUUGCUCAGUGCUAAAGCUAAAACUCCUCCUGAAGCCGAGUUCAUCCAGAUCUUUCAGAAAUUCAAAUACAGCUUCUGUCUUCUGGCGAGGUUAAAAUCAGCCAUUGCUAGCCCCACAUCAGAUGAACUCCUACACCACGUCUUCAAACCACUGGACAUGAUUGUGAGGACUACAGGAAGUUCUGCAUUAGCAGCAUCAGUGAGAAGUCCUGCGUUAUCAGUGGGUGCAGUAACACUACUCAAAGAGAACCUAACACUGCAAGAACACACACUCUGGAGCUCCCUGGGAAGCUACUGGACACAAUCAGGGACAGCAUUAGGUGUUUCUGGAUCUUUGUAUACUCCUGUGUUUCUGAAUGGUUGGAAACCACCCGGGACAGAGCUUGAGGGCUGGAUUGAUCCUAUCCAAGCAGAACAUAUCAAAGAUGAAGAGCAGGAGAAACUAGCGUUACAAAGUUCUGUCCAGCCCCCUGUUCCUCUGAAUCCUGUACAGAACACGCACACAGAAGUUGACGGUGCACCGCUGAAGGAGAGACUGUAUAGCUGCAGCUAUGACUUUGUGGCUCGGAACAGCAGCGAGCUCUCAGUCCUUCAGGGAGAGACGCUGGAGGUGAUUGAGUCAUCUAAGCGAUGGUGGAAGUGUCGUAACAGGUUUAAUGAAGUCGGUUUUGUCCCCUUUAACAUUCUGGAGCCUGUUUCUCACAUAGAGAGCCUGGGGCCCAACAAACCACCCAAGGCUCCAGCACCACCUCCGAUGCAGAAGACAAGCACUCUGCCUCUGCCGACUUCCCUUGGCAUGAUCUCUGACCUCAACACCUCACGACCUCGCAGCAUUGCCCUACCACCUCAACACCUGCCUGAAGACACAGAGAAAGUGAUGCAGGUUAACGAUGAACUCCUGCAGAGACUGACCAGUGGGAAAGCAGCUUUGUCUCGUCCAUUGGUCAUCCCUCGCUCUGCAGAUACCUCACUUCCUCUGUACUAUCAUUCGCCUCCUGCUGAGGUUGAGGCCUGGCUACGUGGGAAAGGCUUCAGUGAGCCGACUGUACAGUGUCUUCGUGUGUUAACAGGAGCUCAGCUCUUCUCUCUGAAUAAAGAGGAGCUUCGUGCCGUUAUUCCUGAAGAAGGAGCGAGAGUGUACAGCCAAGUUGCUGUACAGAAAGCACUGCUGGAGGGUGUCAGAAAAUCAACAGAGCUGGAAACAGUGAUGGAGAAACAGAAGAUGAAAGUGGAUUUUACAGCAGAGAGUGGAACUCUCUAAUACACUAGUCAUAUCCCAAUGUACCACCACCCCCGCACCCACAACCCCCCACCCCAAAAUUAAAAACACAGAUGUAAUUUAUAUAUGCACAUUGGUGUACAUGGUGUGGUUUAACUAAAAACUCACAUUUGUUUAGUGCCUGCACACACGCACACACACACACACACACACACACACACAAAUCAAGUUCCAUUUUAAGAUAAAGAUUUAUUUGCUGUCUAAAUGUAAGUGUUCAUCAAUGACUGUACAUUAAUAAAUUGUAAUAACUUCU